AAAAAAAAACAAAAGAAAAAAAAAACCAGUUCACUCUCUCCUAUUCCCAACAAAGCUAAAGUGUUAUAAAAGUUAAAACAUGUCAAUUAGCCAUCCUAGAAAGACAAGGAAUUCGCACGCCAGGCCCCAACAUGAAAAAUCUACUCCCACCACCACCACCACAAAACCACAACUUCUAUCCUAAGUUGGAGCAAUCAUAAAAGAGAAAAGGCAGUGUCAGUGAAAAAAUUGCAGGCUUUGGCAUCUCUGUCUUCUUGUCUUCCCCAGCAGCUGCACCUCCUGCUUCUACUGUCCCCUUGGUAUCAUUAAAGCCUGCUUAAAUCGUUGGCCCACCACACAAUUCAAAUCUAAAUAAAACCCACAUAAGCAGAGGAGGAGUUCAGAGUUCACACCCAACAAACCUGAUUUUCUUCUUCAGUGAGAAAAUUCAUCAAACAUGUGGAAGGCAGAGGAAAACUACAGGGAAACGAAGCAAGGAGAGGUUGAAGAUAAGGAUUCCAUGGGCACAGUUUUGUUAUCAGCAGGAACAGCAUUGUUAAUGGCAGCUUGUUUGAAACGAGCUGUGGUUCUGUUCUUGGUAGAGCAAUGGCGGGUCUGGGUUUUUUUGGUCCUGAAUCUCAUUGUUGUAGCAAUUUUCUUCACGUCCAGUCCCUCCAAUUACAGGGAAAGCCAAGACCCAAGUGUUGGAAAAAAGCAGAAGAAGAUCAAAGACAGAGAAUGCAAAGUGGCUGAAGAAAAAGUAGAAAAAGUUGAGGCCAAACCCCAAGAAAUGGAUAAAGAAGAGGAAAUUGAAGAAGAAGAAAUUGAAGAAGAAGAAGAAGAAGAGGAGGAGGAGGAUGCAGAUGUUGGGUUGUCAAAGGAGGAGUUGAACGAGAGAGUGGAAGCAUUUAUUGUUAUGUUCAAGCAGCAGCUGAUUUUAGAUGCAAGAAAAGGGGGAAAUAGCCACACCCCAUUGAGCUAUAAUUCUCGAUAGCCAAACCCCAAAUUAUUUCUCCGGUUAACAUGAAUAUGAAUCCCUUUGGCCCAAGAAUUUGGGAUUCAAAUUGGGGGUGUUCUUUUGUUUGUUUGGUGAGUUUCAAGAGUUGCAAAUUGUAAUCUUGAAGCAUAAUUUUGGAACAUAUAUGAUCAUUAGUUUAACUCAAGAUUUUAGCACUCAUCCUGGUUUUUGGUUCUUAUGGCAUUUGGGAUGCCUAUGAAUUCUCUCUCUAACUUGUAGUACUAAAAGGUAUCCUUGCUGUCUCCACUAUC